UCUAGAGCCCACCACCAUGAACACACUGUGUGCAGACACUAGAGCUAAGCUCCAACAAGCAGGAAUCAAAUCAGUGGUUGACUUUGUGAGGUGUGCUCCCGGGAGGAUUGCAUCCAAGGCUGGCAUUCCUUAUAAGGAAGUUGUCGAGAUCCGGAGACGUCUGCUCCACGAGUGUGCAUGUAUUCCAAUUGCCGCUAGCAACCUAUGGGAGGCGACCAAUCAUGCGCUACUUCCCACUGGUUCUCACAAUUUGGACGUGCUACUAGACGGUGGUUUGCUCACUGGGCAGCUAACAGAGGUGUGUGGAGGGCCUGGGGCUGGCAAGACACAGCUUUGUCAUUCUGUAGCGAGCUAUAUUUCCAUGGCAACUGGUUCCACAGUGGCGUAUGUGGACCCCAGUGGAUCGUUUGAUGCUCACCUCACACAAGAGGUGCUCAGAUCAAGGUGUCUGAGUGAAGAGGACAUUGAUUUGGCCUCAGGCAAAAUUCGUGUGUUCCAACUGUUCUCAAUAUUUGAGCUCCUUUCGCUACUAAAUUCUUUCAAGGAGGGCAUUCCACGAAUGGAUGAUCCAUUUCUGGCCAAUCUGAGGUUGGUUGUGAUUGACCCCGUGACCCCUCUGCUCUCUCCUCUCCUGGGAGGACGACACAGUCAUGGUCAUGUGAUCAUGUGUCAGUUGGUCAGAGCUAUGAGAGAGUUAGCUAGUGAGCAUGGCAUUGCUAUACUGUACACUAACAACAUGGUGUCCAAUGUUGGUGAGAGGGGGUGUGGUCUGAAGCCGGCCCUGGGGCUCACAUGGUCCCACACCCCCUCCACACGCCUCACACUCUCCACUACACUCACAACGGACGGCACUCGAGUGGCCACACUCACCAAGUCUCAGCAACUGGCUACCGGUGUGUCUACCUCCUUCACCAUCUCCAGCCACGGACUCACUGAUCAGUGACUCAUUUCAUAGCAUAUUCACUAACUGUUGUGGGCUUAAUAAUGGUAUCAUUUCACAUUUCACUUUUCAUAACAAUUGAAAAAUGGC